AUGGAGGGUGCCGCCUCCGAAUUCAACGUCGAUUCCACUCAUCCACGAGCCAUGAGCACUACGAAAGAUUACAAGCGAAGACCAGGAGCAUGCCAGUACUGCCGAGCCAAGAAGUUUAGAUGCGAUGGCAGACUCCCGCGAUGCCAACGCUGCGAGUCGACGCAGCAGGAAUGCAUCUAUCGGCCUUGCAAAAAGCGAGGACGGCGGAGCAAGCUUGCUCCACCAUCAACGAUCGACGACCCAGCGACAUUUGAUACCCUCGACGAAUGGUGGUGGCCGUUGGUACCACCAUCUGCCUCACCGACCCCAUCGACACUGCUUUCCACUGUCUCUGCUGGUUCGAUGUCACAAGAUGUGGAGCGACUCUUCACAUCGGACGGAAAUGACCCAUUGGAUAAUGGCAUUUUCUUGAGCUCAGAAUGCCACGAUCUCGAUCCCUCGGUAGCCCAGCCCAACCAGUUCGACGUAUCUGAUGAUGCUGAUGCUAGAGACUGGCAGUGUCUUCUGGCAACAUUGCCAUAUCAGGUGCAAGUGUUGGAAAGCAACAUCUCCGUUGCACGGGGUAUGGAGAGCACGGGUCACUCUCGGCAUGUUUCAGUGCCUUCGGAAGUCCCGUCUGGAGAACACGGCGGGAGCGACGGCGGGAUAACGAAUCGACAAGCCACAGCCAAUGCCGGGCCGUUCAAUUUUGCGUACCUUGACAUCAUGCAGUCUGUGAUCCACUCGUGGCGACAAGAGGGACAUAUCGACCAUAGAUUGAGUGCAGCGAUUGGACAAACCUUGGCGGCAUGUCCAUCACUAGUGAGCAGAACCGGAACAGGGCCGCAGAAUGCGCCUCUGCUGGACCUGAAGCGCGCAAAACUUGCGCUGGAAGCUGAUGCUGAUAUUUAUCAAAAAAUAACAGACUUCUGUCAUGACCCUUUCCGGGGUGCCCGCUGCAUUAGCCGCGCUUCGCUUAUGAAGAUGGCUGAAGAGGUCUUUUCGAACCACGACCGCAUUGCGGAGAAGGUAAUCGUGAUUCACGCUGUGGUUGCUACCAGCAUGGCACUCACCCAUACAAGUGACGACAGCGAAGAGCGGAAUAGAACGGCUCUGGCUCACUAUCGCCAGGCGUUUGCACACGCAGGUCUAUUGCAGUGCUACAAGGCGUCUGCCUUGGCAUUCAAAAUUGUUGCUGCCUGUCACUGGUCACCGUGGGAUGACGAUCAGCUAUUAGACAUGGCCUGCUCGCGCGCUCAAGCCCUGAGAGCUCACCUUCACGGAGGCGCGGAUGAUGGCUUGCACAAAGAUGAAGAUGUGGAGGAACUAAGGCGCGCGUUCUGGUUGUUGUACUCCAUCGAGAAGCCCGCUCGGAUGCAAGCGGGAUUCGUAUCGGCAAGCGUGCACUUCCAGCACCCUCUGACCAUGUCAAGACUAACGCUGGGAAAGGCAUUGAAUGACAACUUUUUCACACCCGAGCUGCCAUGUUCCCAAGACCAUCCGACUCAUGACAGGGGCCACGAAUUCUUGAUGCACAUCCGACUUGCUCAAGCAUGCUCACAAGUGCUGGAUCAGCUCUACAGCCGCACAGUCCAAGAGGCCACUGUCGAACAAGUCGAGGCUGCAAUUGCUACUACGGCCGACUGGAUCACCGACGCGGGUCAGAUAAGAUCCGACGUCAAAGACGUGCUGGAUUGCAACACACGAUGGACUCUAUACACGAUAUUUCUCUACAUUCAUCGUCGCUCCUUGAUACUGCCGGCAGCUUCGCCAGCGCGGCAGAGGGUCGAGAAAGCCGUGAGCACGCUCACGUUCGAGAUCCUGGAGUCCUUGGUCUACGCAGACCCGCUCGCUGUGCAUCGAGAACCAACGUUCCUCCGGGCAGCAUUGACUGCAUUCUGUGUUUCGGCGUGGUCAUUGGAAAGCAUCGUGAUCCACACCGCGCAAUUCCGGCAGUUGGGGUUUGCGCUCGGCUUCUUUGCACGGCUGGCCCGAGACGAUGACUUUGCACUGGAUCAGACUGCCACCAUUUUUCGACUUGUGCAGGAAAGAGCAAUGUCACAGGUCUGCAGCUCAAAGCAAUGA